UCAGCUCGCGGACUUUAACACAGUACUUGGAAACCGCACACAGGCCCGAGACGGCGCGUUUCUGAAUCCUCAUGCCGGCGAUGUAGCCUAAUUUCUUAACUUAGUUGGAGAGUAAACCUGAGCCCAGUGAGUCUGUUUUAUUUUCGAGAAGCAUUAUAAGGGAAUUCUAAGCUCGACAGACAUUUGUUUUUAGAGCAGCGAUCUUCCCUUUUUUUCCAUUACUUAUUGCUAGUUUGCUGUUCUUCCUGGCUGCAGCGGGGUUAGAAGGCUAUGACGGCUGCUGCUGGGGAAGGCAGUGACAGUGUCACUAUGCCUGAGUCGGCUUUGCUUGGGCUGACCGUUGCUGUAUUGUCGAGUUUUAUCAAUGGGUCUACGUUUGUAUUUCAAAGAAAGGGAAUUUUGUGGGCCAAAGCGAAAGGUACAACUUAUUUAACAGACUGUGUGUGGUGGACUGGCACCAUUGCAAUAUUCGUGGGCUACCUCUGCAUCGUACUUCUGCUGCUAAUUCUGCUCAUGUUCUGGAUUGCACCAGCAUAUGGACCAGCGAACAUCAUGGUUUACAUCAGCAUUUGUUCCUUGCUGGGCAGCUUCACUGUGCCUAGCAGUAAGGGUAUUGGACUGGCAGCUCAGAACGCAUUUAGUGGCAGCGAAUCUAGUGAAAGAGCAUGGUACCUUUUCCUGGCGCUCUUGACAGUACUAACGUGCAGUAUUCUCAUUCAAUUCAAAUAUAUCAACAAGGCUCUCCAGCACUUUGACUCCUCUGUCUUUGCUGCUACAUACUACGUUGUUUUCACCAUAUUGGUGUUACUAGCCUCAGCCAUUCUUUUCCGUGAAUGGAAUAAAGUGGGAAUCAUUGACUGUUUGGGAAUGCUUUGUGGAUUCACCACAGUGUCUGUGGGGAUUAUUCUCAUACAGGUUUUCAAAAACUUCAGCUGUAGUUUAAAAACAUUAAUACUAGCAAAAUGGACUAAAAUCAACCUAGCGCUUGUUUUUAAUUAA